AUGGUCAGAACGAUUGCAGAGAAUCAUUCUGAACCCAUACGUUUAUUCACCACUGGUGGAGCUGGGACUGGUAAAAUUCAUUUACUCAAGCGUAUUUAUCAUGAGGCAAGUAAAGUGUUCAGUAAUACUAAUGGUGAAAAUCUAGAAGAAAUACAUACUCUCAUUUGUGCCCCGACAAAUGCAGGAGCUUUCAACACAAAUUCUGAUACAAUUCAUGCAACAUUUAUGAUAGGCGAACAAAUGUAUUCGAUUAGUGAAAAUCAAAUAAACACCCUCCGUUUUAAACUCGAUGGCCUUAUGAUUGUAUUUAUUAAUGAAAUAUCGUUAAUUGAUCAGUCAUUAUGGAAAGAAUUUCACGCACGUCUUGCUCAAAUUAUGUCUACUUCAGGUGCAUGUAUUCACUUUAGAAAUAUAUCUAUUGUUGCUGUUGGUGAUUUUUAUCAACUACCUCCUGUUUUCGGCUUACCACAUUAUGUCAGAAACAAUAUUAUUGAUUACUGGACAGACCUAUUCGAAUAUUUUGAAUUAACAAUCUGUUAG